CACGGCCGUAUCGGACGUGCCCGUUGUGGCGUCGUAUUGCUCGUCAUUCUCGUGCAGCAGUGCACAUUGACCGGGUCUCGUCAUCGUUGUCGCUUCUCGUCGUUCGCCGCAUAACGCAUUUCCGGGAGGAAAAGAAAAUUAUACAAUAAUCUACGUGCAUUAUUUUUAUACAAAAUAAAACACCACCGUCGUAAAUUCUAAAAAUAGGUUGUCGUCGGUUAAAAUUUAAAAUUUUUCCUCCCAGUCUCGACGUCGUUGUCACUCGCGAAGAUUAUUACAUACGCGCGCGCACACGAAUCGUACACGUACUUGAAGCGACAUAGCGCGUGCAGCGAGAACAUUGUUGUGCAACGAACCGACCAACCCCGAGACCGGACUGACCAGAGACCCGUGCAAGUAUACCUGCACACACGCUUGUUCGCGAGUGUCCGGUGACCCGAUAGCACGCCCGCUGCAUCAGGACAACAGAGUCCGCGGCCGAGGAGACAUAUUACAAUAGUUUACAUCUACUGACCAGUGAAAAGCGAUACGCGAAUCAUGUCGUCGUCGAACAAUGCAUGGGUGACAUUAGCCACAAACGAUUCCUAUUCGUUAGGAGCGUUGGUCUUAGCGCAUUCGUUGAAAGCCGUUAAGACAGCGCAUAAAUUGGCCAUACUAAUUACACCCGGCGUAACGGUGCCUAUGAAGAAACAAAUUGAAGCCGUAUUCGAUGAAGUCAAAGUAGUGGAUGUAUUAGAUUCUAGGGAUCAAACACACUUGGCUCUGAUGUGUCGCCCCGAACUAGGAGUGACUUUCACCAAAUUGCAUUGCUGGACGUUUACCAAUUAUGAUAAAUGCGUGUUCCUCGACGCAGACACAUUGGUAUUGCAAAACUGUGAUGAACUAUUUCAACGUGAAGAAUUAUCAGCUGCUCCGGAUCCAGGGUGGCCAGAUUGUUUCAACUCUGGUGUCUUUGUAUAUAAACCUUCUCAGGACACAUUUGGCCAGUUGUUAGAAUUUGCAAGGACCAGAGGAUCAUUCGAUGGCGGAGACCAAGGGCUGUUAAAUAUGUUUUUCAAAGAAUGGUCUAAUACAGAUAUUUCAAAACAUUUAUCGUUUACCUACAAUGUAAUUUGGUCAUCUACAUAUUCAUAUUUACCGGCACUAAAACAAUUUGGCCAAAAUAUGAAGAUCAUUCACUUUAUAUCUUCCAGCAAACCCUGGCUUCAGUCGUUUAAUACUGAAACUAGACUUGUAACAUCAACACAUGGAGGGUCUGGAUUACAAGAAUUAUUGCAACUUUGGUGGGAUUUGUUCUGUCGUCAUGUUCAUCCCGAACUUUCUACCGAAAUGAUAGAAAGUCGCCUCAGUAGCCGUUAUUCCUAUGAUUUUCAUCCCAAAUCCUAUAAUAACAAUAAUACGUCUGAUAAUUAUAGUCCUUAUAAUCAAAAUAAUUAUACUUUUGAUAACAAUACUUCAAAUAAUUAUUAUAAUAUUCCUACUUAUGAUCCUCCAAAAGAGGAUCAUUAUGAUUUUAUUGACCCUUGGGAUGAGUAUUUGGUUGAAAAAAUUGAGCAAACAAGUUAUGAAGUUGAAAAAAUAAAUGUUGAUGGUGAUAGAAAUUUGGUGGAAGUAUAUUUGAAUAAUCAUGGUGAACAAGAAAUGGAAAAUAAUUAUUGUAUAAAUAACUUUCAUACGGAAGAGCAAACAAGAGACUGUAGUUUUCAGAAUAAUCUAGUUGAAGAAUGUAAUACAUUUGAAAAUGAUGAAAAAAAUAGUGAAAAUGUUGAAGAAGUAAGAGAAUUCAAUGAGCAAAAGCAAGUACAAAUGCCAGAGCCAAGUUGGUCAAUAAGUGAUAAACAAAAUCCUGCAUGUUCUGAUGAUAUUCCCAAUAACCCUAUUUCCAGUUUAAGUGUAAAUAACUGUCGUCCUGAUUCUCCGACACAUUGCGAGGUACCUAAGGAUCAGAAUUGUCAUAUAAAUGGUGGUUUGGCUGGACAAUUUGCAAGGGUUUCAUUGGGUGAAAAAACCGUUGAACAAAAAGCUCUAGAAGAUUUUCUUCGACGUCAAUCUUGGGAACAAGGAAACGUGGAUUAUUUAGGCAGGGACAGCUUUUCUAAUAUAUGGUCUAAGAUUAAUGAAACUCUUGGAAGUACUCCAGAAGUUAGUAUUGAGACUGUUGCUGUGAAAAAAUCUACGCCGCCAGAAGUUGUGCAUACUGAAGAACCAAAGCCAUUGAAAUCUGUUUUGAAAAAAACAUCCACUACUAUUCCACCAGUGAGUUCUGAGAUUGAAAUCGAUAGUAGUGAUCUAGCUGUUAAACCAUUGGUGAAGCUUGACCUAUCCAAGAAUAUUGUGAAAGAAUUAAAGACACCCGAUACUCCUACUGUUACUUCUCCAACACCUCCAACUACACCUGCUACCCAAGCUAAAGAAACAGUAAAACCAUUGUCUGUAGAAUCUAACGAAGAAACAGUAAAAUCUGAUGUGCUUGUUAAAGAGUCUGAACCGUCAGUGGAGUUAAAAUCGGCUGAGCCAGAAUCCGUGGAACUUGUAAAAGAACUGCCGGUAUCUGACGCUUGUUCUUUAAAAUUAUCGAAACAAGAAUUACCGAAACCAGAACUAGUGGAUCCUGUAAAGGAAACACUGUCUUCUGAUGCAGGUACUGUGUCAAAAGAGUCCUCAAAACUUGAAAAAAGUACACUUGAAUCCAGUUCACCUGUACCGAAAACGGACGAGCCAGUAACAUGCGUACCUCAGCCUCCAGAAACAGCUCAAGCAACCCAAAUCUCUGUUGAUAAUUCCACACCAUUAGUUUCAAACGAUCCACCAGUAGCCCCAAAACGUACUAAUAAAGGAUCGCAAAGUGGUUCUAAAAACGCUAAAUCUCCCGAGAAAAAAUAAAACUAUAAUAAAGCAAUAUUACAAUCAAUCCAUAUAUUAUUAUAUACACGUUUUGUUUUGUUCCUCAGAGUAAUAUAGUUUUAUUGAUUUUCUUUUUUAUUAACAAAAAUAGGCUAAACUAAUUAAUGGACAAUCAAAGCCAAUAAAUGUUUUUAGGCCAAGUUCAUGCACACUUUAAUUCUUAUUUAUAUGCGAUUUUCAUUAAAAUAUUUGAUUAAACCAAUUCACGUGAAAUAGUAAUUAAC